ACGAGUUCCCCUCACACUCAGUCGUGCACUGGACGUGGAGGGUAUGUGAGGAAAGAGUGCAGCCUCCAAUAAAAAGAUCUGCCAGGCGUAAAUUCAGUGUGAGGAAGUGGUUGUGUUACGUCAGUGAGGAGCGAGGGGGGAGGAGCGUGAGUGCGGGAGCGCGCGUGCGAGGCAGUGCGGGAAGCGACGGGGCACAGUGCGGUGGUGGGCAGCCUACGCUACCACUAACAUCCAGUAUCGAUUUUUGUGCCGCUGGGUAGCCAUUUUACUGAGAGCGGCCCUUUGGGGCAGUCAGUCUGUUGUGAGGAGGAUCCGGUUGCAGGUCUGUGUGGAUUUAGGAAGUGCGACAGUGAGUGGCAGUGCGGGUACGGUGCCGUGUUUGGUACCUGGCGCUCGGUAGUGGGACUCGUUGUCACGUGUCAGCACACCACAGCACGUACAGGCGCCAGCUCGUUACCACUCGACCACGCCAGGGACGUCAGGUGCCCACGUCAUCGCCUCCGCUGGGGUACACCGUCGCCAGCACCUCCAGCACCUCCCAGCCUCACUCGCAAGGUCCAGCCACAGGGCCGGUGGGCAGCGGCAGGAUGGAGGCUGAGCGUUUUCUCCUCAAGUGGAACAACCACCAGAGCAACUUGGUCACCGUCUUCGACCAGCUUUACGAGCAGGAGGCUUUCACAGACGUAACCCUCGCCUGCGACGGCAGAACCUUUGCCGCACACAAGGUCAUCCUCUCCGCCUGCAGCCCGUACUUCCAGGCGCUCUUCCUCGGGAACCCAUGCAAGCACCCCAUCAUCUUCAUGCGGGAUGUCCGCGCCGGGGACCUGGAGGCGCUCCUGUCCUUCAUGUACCGCGGGGAGAUUAACGUCCACCAGCAAGAUCUCGCGUCCUUCCUCAAGACGGCCGAGAGCCUCCAGAUUAAGGGCCUCUCCGACUCCUCCGAGAGACACAAGGACACCUCCAAGAUCCUAGAGGCGAUGGAGCGCAAGUUCUGCUCUCCGAACGUCCAGCAGAAUCCCCUUCACGUGGCCUCGCCCCCCUCGGGAAUCCCUUUGUCCAUCGGCAGCUCAACGAUGGGCACGCCCUCGGCCAGCACGCCCACGGCCCCCACAGUCACCAGCUCAGAGUCCCCGACGCCCCCCGCCAAGAAAUUCAAAACCCUGGACGACUUGCCGAGGAUCCUGCCCAAGAUGAAGCCCCUCUCGACGCCCGCGGGCUUGGUCACGCCCGUGCCGGGGCUUCUCACGCCCAUCACACUCGCUGCUACGGUCAUGAAGAACGCCGCCCACGCCGCCCACGUUGCUCAGAUCGCCCACACCAGUCCGCCCACGCCAGAGACGACAAACUCUUCCCCUACAACAGACUCCUCCACGCCGCCCAAGGAAAGAAAAAAGGUACCACAGAAUGUGAUCGAGUUAGACCGGGCGCAGGACGACUCCAAGACCACAUUCAUUGAAGGAUACAUCAGCGGCGACUCCCCGCACCCCGUGUACCUGGUCUCUAGCGUCGGGGGCCUGGCAGCCACCGUCACCUCAGGCAACUCAACGCCUUCCCACGAAGUCAAGGUCGAGGAGGAGGACCCGCUGGACGACAACAACUCCUUCAGCGACGACCCCAACUCCGGCAUAGGGGAGAGCGAGGACGGAUCCUUGAUGUUGAGAAGUGGACAGCUGGAAACCCCACCUUCUUUCUCAUUUUUAAGCAAAAUCAAAAUGGAGCCCGUACCGUUUCUGAGUCCAUUAUCAAGUCCUCCUCGAGAACCGACUCCGCCUCCGAGCCCUGACCCAUCCCCCAGGCCCUUGGCCGUCCCUCGAGGCAGGCCCAUGUGCUGGACGAGUCGCCACUUCGAGGAGGCGGACACGCCGGACGCCCCCGGGCCUUCGACGACGAGCGCGGCCCUUCCGAGGACGCACGACCACGACCAGUAUCAGGAGGACCCCCGCGACCUCGACAACAGACUUCCGGGACCUACGUUCUCCCCGGGGGUCCUCCGCGCUCUGCCCUUCAGUGGACCGGCUUGGGCUGCUCUUGACAGGAUAACGAAACGGAGUCGCGAUAUCCUCGACGACCCGGACGCUGUGAAAGAUCUGUUCCACAAGGUGAAAGAGCAUCUUCGUCAACAGAAUAACCAGACGGAGGCCGCCGCGACUACUCAUACAGAUCAUACGUACAUUGCACAGGGAAAUCAGAAAAUGGUUCAGCAGUACAAGUGUGACAAAUGCAACAAAGUGUUUGCCAAGAACCGUCGUCACAGGUACAUAUCGCAUAUUCGAACUCAUACGGGUGAGAGACCGUAUAAGUGCAGUGUCUGUGGUAGAGGCUUCAACCGCCAGGAUCAUGUGCAGGUGCAUAUGAGACUCCAUACGGGAGAAAAGCCCUUCCAGUGCAAGAAUUGUGGAGUAUCAUAUGCCCAUAAAGUUUCCUUGAAGAACCAUAAAUGUGAGCAAAAGCAGAAGUUUAAAUCAGAUGGUGCAAGUACAAGUUCCGAAGAUAAAUCUCCGUCAAAGGCUCCCACACCCGAUCAAUCCACAGGUAGCAGUAACAAAGUGGAACCAGAGCAGGAGACGAACUUCGUACCUCACGACCAAAUAAAAUCAGGAAGCAACACGGAGAACAAUGAGCCAGUUUCUUCUACGGGAAACAACUCCGUACCUAAUGACAUAAAUUUCCAUUCUUCACUGCCAAAACAAACCAGCAUGGUCGAAGGAGAUUCAAAAGACGGUUGCUCCCUUAAGCCUUUUGAAGGCAUUGAAAUGACACCGUGCGAUAAAUGCAAUAAAGCCGACGAGAAGGUGGAAGGUCAAACGCAGGUGGAUGAGAGAGAUGCCUUUCGGUUGAAAUCCCCAGAGGAAAAAUAUAAUGAGAAAGAAGACCUCGGGAAAGAAGAAUUUCCAAUGGAAGAUGAAGUAGGAACAGCGUCUCAGCAACCGGAGAGGGAGGCCCAUCUUCCAAGGGGAUUCAAAGAUGACACGUUCCCAAGAGAUUCCAUUACAGAAACUAAGAAAGAAUCUGAUACUGACUUUCCUUUAUACAUACGAGAUGAUCAGUGUUCUCUUGAAGGGCAGGAUUCCCGCAGCGGACAUACUGAAAUUUCCUCUGCAGUCGAAAAUCAUGCAGCCAGUAGAAUUCAGGAUCGAAGUCAGGAGACCUCUGAGCAUUCCAGGCAAGAAUCAAAUGAACAGAAUUUUCAGUCAGAUAUAACAAAAACAGCAGACCCCAAGGGCGCAAAUACGACCGAAGAUACUGAAAUUACCAAAAUAGAAGACACAACAAAACAUCUAGAAACGCUAGAGGUAAAGGGCUUAAAAGAAACAAAACCUUUUAGCCCUAAAAGCAUCUCCACCACAUCUGGAAUGGAGGUCUCUAGGUGUAGUCAGCUUGCUUCUGCACCCCUUUACACAAGCCCAUCCUGGUGGGGGCGACCCAAGGUCAUGCCAGCGAGACUUCGACUGAAUAAAUUCCCGGUUGAUUGAUGCAAUGGUCAAUAUUUGUUUUCUUUGCUUUUAUUUUCUUCCACUAUAAAAAUACAGAUAAUAGAAUACAUACACCAAUGAAUAAAUUAUAGUUACGAAUAUACAGGGCGAGCAAUGAGACAAGGUCAUUCGGUGUAGCUUUACACUCCUUCCUGAAGCUCUAGUCACACGCUUAUAACGCUUUUCCCUGAAUAUUUGUUAGUUGCUUCGGCUCUAUACUCGACUGACAUUUUCUCCCUUCCUAAAGAGUAUAAGGCACUGGCACUGAGAGAUGAAGAGAGCAUGAAAUAAGGAUUUGACCGCCUCAUACCCUUGGAACUUGAGCUAUCACUUAAUCCUGCAUUACAUAACUUCAUUCAAUAUAUCUGAGAAACAU